AUGACGGGUUCGACAACCGAUUCCAUGUCUAAGCCGCCAGAACAAGUUGACAGAACCUUUGACAAGGGUGAAAAUAUGGAUUCUCCCCGGAUUCAUGAGCCAAAUGAACUUCCUCUACAAUUUUCACUUUUCUCCACUCUUGCAUUCGGAUUCAGCAUGACAAACUCCUGGCUUGGUUACUCUGCCACUUUCAUUACACCACUACUACUGGGUGGGAGCCCUACUGUAUUUUUCGGUCUAAUUGCUGCUUCGAUUGCAAGUUGCUUCAUCACUGCCGGCCUGGCUGAGCUUGCCUCGGCCUACCCCUCCAGCGGCGGACAGUAUCAUUUUGCUUAUAUGGUCACCCCUCCAAAGUAUCGUGCUCUAGUAGCGUUUAUCCUCGGAUGGCUGAGUGUAGUGGCAUGGGCCCUUACCAGCGCAUCUACUGCUCUAGUCUGCGCUCAGAUGGCCGGAAAUCUGGCUGGAAUUUACCACCCCCACUACGUUGCAGAGGCCUGGCAGACAUGGAUGAUCUACUGUUUGUUGGUAAUGAUCGCAACAGCAAUUGUCUGUUACCUGCCAAUGGCCCUCCCUCGAGGAGAAAUGGUGAUGUUUGUCAGCAGCUUUCUGGGAUUUGCCGUUAGCUUUGUCACUGUUUUGGCCAUGCGGGCGAAUGGCCAAUCAGCAAAAGCAGUGUUCAUUGACUAUGACAACACCAGUGGUUGGAGCGACGGUACCUCCUUUAUAAUCGGGCUUGGGACCUGUAUGUAUGCGUAUCUGGCCAUCGACGGAGCUUGUCAUAUUGCAGAGGUAAUGAACUCUCAAUCGCAGCGUUCUCUCAUGCGGUUGCUUACCCAAGAUUAA